AUGAAGGUCUUCAUCGUUGCCGCCGUCCUGGCCGUGGCUGCCGCCGCGCCGGCCCCAGACACCCCCGUGUACAAGCCCGCCCCUGCCCCGUACAAGCCGGCCCCCUACCACCCGGCCCCGGCCUACAAGCCGGCCCCCUACCACCCGGAGCCCCAGUACAAGGAGGAGCCCAAGCCGUUCGCCUACGACUACGCCGUCAACGACCACUACACGGGUACCAACUUCGCCAAGAAGGAGGAGAGCGACGGCCACAACACCCAGGGCUACUACUCGGUGGCUCUGCCCGACGGCCGCACCCAGCACGUCAAGUACGUCGCCGACCAUUACGGCGGAUUCAACGCCGAGGUCACCUACGAGGGCGAGGCCCAGUACCCCGAGUACCACCCGGCCCCGGCCUACAAGCCCGCUCCCUACAAGCCGGCCCCCGCCCCCUACAAGCCCGCCCCGGCUCCUUACAAGCCUGCCCCGGUCUACAAGCCCGCUUACUAAAUUGACUGCAACGCGGCAUUUCUUGUUUGUGUUGUGAUAUUUAUUGUCAACGCUCGUACCUGCGAUGUUUUAUAAUACAUGACUACGUUUGU